AUGGCGCCUACAGAUCAAGCUAGAGUUACCAAUAUCGGAAGCAAUUUAUUUUCGGUAUGGAACUAUGAUGGGAAGAUAGUGUUCGAAGACAUAAUCGAAGCAACGGAGGAUUUUGAUACCAAAUACUGCAUUGGAGCGGGAGGAUAUGGGAGCGUGUACAAAGCAGAGUUGUCAACUGGUCAAGUUGUUGCUGUGAAGAAACUUCACCCAUCAGAUGAAGAUUCUGAGAUACUUGAUCUUAAGUCAUUUGAAAGUGAAAUUCAUGCUUUAACAGAGAUCCGACACCGAAACAUUGUGAAACUUUUCGGUUUUUGUUCAAAUCUUGAAAGGAGGAUCUCAUUUUUGGUUUAUGAGUUCUUGGAGAAGGGAAGUUUGAAACAUGUUUUGAGCGACAGGGAACAAGCAAUGGAGUUUGACUGGAUAAAGAGGGUAAGAUUCAUCAAGGGAGCAGCUAAUGCAUUUGCUUACAUGCACCACGAUUGCAUUCCAGCAAUAGUUCACAGGGAUAUAUCUAGCAACAAUAUUUUGUUAGACGCUGAAUAUGAUGCUCGUGUUUCUGAUUUUUGUACGGCGAGGAUAUUGAAGCCAGAUUCAUCCAAUUGGACUUCACUUGCAGGAACAUAUGGGUAUGUCGCUCCAGAGCUUGCAUAUACAAUGAAGGUGACCGAAAAAUGUGAUGUUUAUAGCUUUGGAGUGAUCAUAUUAGAAGUACUAAUGGGAAGGCAUCCAUCUGAAAUCAUCACAUUACUCUCUCAAAAUCUUCUCUCGUCUUCGUCUUCGAGUAAUGUUGGACAAAACAUAAAGUUGAGAGACAUCUUGGAUCAAUGCAUUGAAGCACCAACGGAUGACGUUGUUAAGAAAGAAAUACUGUACCUUGUGAAGGUUGGAUUUUCAUGCUUACGUAGUGACCCAUACACUCAGCCAACUAUGCAAGAAGUAUCAGUAGAGCUAGCAUUGUCGCCUAGCAGGGUAGAUUUUGCAAAGCUUUUUGAAAUUAUUACACUAGGAGACAUACUACUAUCAUAA